CUCCACAGGAAGCAGAGGCAGCGACCGAGUCACGUGUCAACCAAAGAUGGAGGCCGGGCGAGCCGAGUGAAGGUUGUGGUGAACAGCGGCGUGGGAGAACCUGGGCAAGCACCGCGGCUGGGAGGAGGGCAUAAGGUGCCGUUCGUCCCGCCGAGUGGUCCAAAAUGGAAAAUCGUACACAAAGUACUAUCAAAGAAGAUUCAAUAUUUGAUAUCAUAUCCAGAAAAAUUAAACAACUUCCAGAACCAGAAAGGAAUCUGCUUGAACAUGGAUCAGUAUUUGUUGGACUUAAUGCUGGUUUUGGUGGCCUAAUAGCAAACAGUCUUUAUCGGCGCAUCUUGCACGUGACCCAAGCUCGACUAGUUUCUAGCUUACCAAUGGCCAUGAUGCCAUUUUUGACAGCAACCACGACUUAUGGAGGUUUUGUAAGCCUACCUUUGAGUAGAGGUGAUUUGAACUGUGAAGCUUGUGCCAUGAGCCGGGGCGCACUAGUUAGUUUUGUUAUGGGUGGCGUAUACCCUAUCCUUUUUGCUCUAGCUGUGAAUGGGGGCCUUGCUGCCAGGUUUAAAUCAAGCUUUCUACCAAGUAAGGAAAACUUCUUCUAUUACUGGAUUACAGUUUCUAAGCCUGUCUGUAGAAAGAUGGUAUUUCCCAUUUUACUUCAGAGUGUGUUUGCAGCAUACCUUGCGUCGAGACAAUACAAACUCCUCAUAAAGGCCCUUCAGUCACCUGAACCUGAAACUUCACUGGUUUAAAGCAAAUCAAUAAAAUAAAAUAAAAUGGUGAAAAUAA